AUGUACAUCAAAUAUAUAAUUCUGUAUCAAAUCCUGAUGAUACUGCUGUUCUUUACAGAAAUCACUCCACUGGUUGAGUUUACGAAUAUCAAGUGCACCUCCUUCGAUAAAAAGUAUAAUGACUUUGAGUACUGCCGUCUGAAGUCAGUCAACCGUAGCUUUAAAUAUAUGUCGCUAAAAGUUAACCUUUACAAGGUUCCCAUUACAAAAGUAAAGGUGAAUUUUGCUAUGCUUAAACGAUACAGCGGAUACAAACCUUUUCUGUACAAUAUCACCGUGGAUGCCUGUAAAAUCCUGAAGCAUCCAAAGUCCAAUCCUAUUUUCGGCUUCUUUCAUGGACUUUUUAAGAAACACUCUAACAUGAAUCAUACAUGUCCCUAUGAUCACGAUCUUGUGGUGGAUAAACUUCCAACUAGUUUUAUUAAUCAGCAAGUAACUGGCGCUUUGUCCUUUCCCCACGGAGAUUAUCUUUUCCACUCGGAUUGGUUCGCUUAUGGAGUUCACCGGGCGACUGUAGACUUUUUCUAUACUCUUUCAUAA